AUGUCUGAGAUUACUUCCAGCAAACCAGAGAUACCCAAUCCUUUUGAACAGAUUCUUACUGACUGUCAACAUGAUCCGAUUGAAGUCCAAGACCGCUAUGAAAACCACCGUACGAAUAGAAAUGCGCAAUCCAAGGCCAAACUUCUCAGCCCUGAUUUCUCCGGCUGGCAGAUAGAUGAAAUCCUCCGCAAGUUGCACGCACAGGCAACCGACGCACAAAGAGACAACGAGCCCUCCUUUGUUGAUCCUCGAAACAACUUCACGCUUUAUGCCCGACCGCCACCAGGGAUCCGAGAACUGGUGGCUGAGAUCCAGGCGGAUAUUCAAGAUGCUGCGCCAGGCAUCUGGGUUACACCGCCGGAUUCCCUGCACAUUACCGUGAUGGAAAUGGCUAGCGGACGGACAGAAGCCGAUAUUGAGGCGUUUCUCACCCAUCUACAAGAAAGUGGCACGAUACCAGACCUGGUGGAUUACACAUUCCAUCAUCGGACGCGGUUGGUUAAGCCCAUUCUUAGCUAUGAUGCGACUGCCAUGGCCUUGAGCUUUGUUCCUGCGGCUGGAGAGGAGACCGCCGUUGGAAACCAGGCAUACUGCGAUGAAGGGGAUAGGUAUACCUAUCACCAUUUGCGACGUGAUCUUUUUGAUCGCUUGACUGCAGCAGGUUUACUUAUGAAGCCGAGGUAUAUUGUUCCUUCUGCACAUGUUACCAUUGCGCGGUUUAUUGCACACGAUGGAUUUAUAGUAGAAGGCUCAGAGCCAGGUGGAGUCCCAGUUGUAGAUCAGGAGCGAGUCGCUGCGCUGGUCGAGAGGAUCGAACAGAUUAAUGGAAAACUGCGGCAAAAAUAUUGGCCGCAGGGGAAUGGGCCCAUCUCUGCGAAAGGAGAGUGGAUUAUUGGGCAAGGCAAAGGACUAGAACUUUGUAAGGAAGAGCAAAAGACGACACUGAUUGGAUGUGGCUUAUUGAUGCCUGAGGUCAACGUUCCGAAAACCCGCCGGACCUACUGCAAGGGCAAGGAGUGCAAGAAGCACACCCAGCACAAGGUCACCCAGUACAAGGCUGGCAAGGCCUCCCUGUACGCCCAGGGUAAGCGUCGUUACGACCGGAAGCAGAGCGGUUAUGGUGGUCAGACCAAGCCCGUCUUCCACAAGAAGGCCAAGACUACCAAGAAGAUCGUCUUGCGUCUUGAGUGCACUGCUUGCAAGCAGAAGAAGCAGCUCUCUCUGAAGCGUUGCAAGCACUUCGAGCUUGGUGGUGACAAGAAGACCAAGGGUGCUGCUCUUGUUUUCUAA